CUGGUAUAAUUUUGAUUCUUGGAGAGAAUUUUCUUACUUAGAUGAAGAAGAAAAAGAAAAAGCAGAAUGUCGUGAUGAGAGGAAAUGGAUUGAAAAGCAGAACAGAGCAACGAGGGCACAAAGGAAGAAGGAAGAGAUGAACAGAAUAAGAACUUUAGUUGAUAAUGCUUACAGUUGUGACCCAAGGAUAAAAAAGUUUAAGGAAGAAGGAAAAGCCAAGAAAGAAGCAGAAAAGAGAGCAAAAGCAGAAGCCAGGAGGAAGGAACAGGAAGCCAAAGAAAAGCAAAGACAAGCUGAGUUAGAAGCUGUUCGGUUGGCUAAGGAGAAAGAAGAGGAGGAAGUUAGACAGCAAGCAUUGUUGGCCAAGAAAGAAAAGGAGAUCCAGAAAAAAGCCAUUAAAAAGGAAAGGCAGAAACUUCGUAACUCAUGCAAGAACUGGAAUCACUUCUCGGACAAUGAGGCAGACCGUGUUAAAAUGAUGGAAGAGGUGGAAAAACUCUGUGAUCGGCUUGAACUAGCAAGCCUACAGUGCUUGAAUGAAAUACUGGCAUCAUCUACGAGAGAAGUGGGAAAAGCUGCACUUGAAAAACAGAUAGAAGAAGUCAAUGAGCUGAUGAGGAAAGAGAAGGAGGAAGCUGAUGCCCGGAUGCGGCAAGCAUCUAAGAAUGCAGAGAAGUCAACCGGUGGAAGUGGGAGUGGCAGUAAGAACUGGUCAGAAGAUGAUCUGCAAUUAUUAAUUAAGGCUGUCAAUCUCUUCCCUGCUGGGACAAACUCAAGAUGGGAAGUCAUUGCUAAUUAUAUGAACAUACAUUCUUCUUCUGGUGUCAAAAGAACUGCCAAAGAUGUUAUUGGUAAAGCUAAAAGCCUCCAAAAACUUGACCCUCACCAAAAAGAUGACAUUAACAAAAAGGCAUUUGAUAAGUUUAAAAAAGAACAUGGCGUGGCCCCUCAGGCUGACAGCGCGGCACCCUCAGAGCGAUUUGAAGGUCCCUGCAUAGAUUCCAUCCCUUGGACAACAGAAGAGCAGAAACUUCUAGAACAGGCUUUGAAAACAUACCCAGUAAAUACUCCGGAAAGAUGGGAAAAGAUCGCGGAAGCCGUUCCUGGCAGGACGAAGAAGGACUGCAUGAGGCGAUACAAGGAGCUCGUGGAGAUGGUGAAAGCCAAGAAAGCCGCUCAGGAGCAGGUGCUGAAUGCCAGCAGAGCCAGGAAGUAACGCGGGCAGGCAGUCUCGGUCUGUGUGCACUUUUAUAAUAAAACUCAAAAUACUGUACACACCCC